AGUUCUGAUACAAGUGCCCUUCAAACAGUGUCACUUGAAUUGUCACAUGUUGAGCUCCAUUUUGUGAAAUAAAUUUACAACCCAAAGAGUGGAUCUUUUAGAUUUUGUUCGAAAAUCAAUUGAAAUGGGAUCAAGGAAGAGAAAAGCAGCAGUAGAAGUUACAAAUAAUGUUUUGGGACCUGAACAAUAUGAAGUUGAAAAAGUUUUGAAAAAAAGGACACGCAAAGGAAAGACUGAGUACUUGAUCAAGUGGCUUGGCUAUCCAUCGUCUAGUAAUUCUUGGGAGCCAAGCGAAAAUCUAGACGCGGCUCUGCUCGCAUCAAUUGAGGAGGAGGCAGAAAAGAGUGACGAGUAUCGAUACAAAUUCGAAGAAGGCUUUAGCGUCUUGAAAAUUUUGGCCGCCAAGAUGGAAAACGACGAAAUGAUGUUUCUGUUCCAAUACAGAAAUACCAAUGAAGGAGAAUUCGUUCCAGCCAAAAUAGCCAAUGUUAAAUUCCCUCAACUCGUUAUCGAAUACUAUGAAGGAAUCACUUUGUGGACGGACUGAGCAACUUUAAGAUGAAUUUAUUUAUAUAUUCCGAUGGGAAUAAGAUUUUUUUUCACAAUUUUUAUCAAUAUAUUUACAUGCUACGAUGAAGUUAAUCAAUGCCUGAUGAUGGAAUUCAGUUUUCUGAAUUAAAGUUACAAUAAAAGUAAUUAACUCGAAAGAAAAAUUGAAUCACUUGCGGUGUCACUACAAAA